CUUUGUGUCGAGGGAGAGAUGUUCGCCCCAAAAAUCUCUCUGCCGGAGCACAUUCGCUCAUGCCCUGCCGUUAGUCCACACGCUCCCGCACCCUAUCACUAGAAACGACCUCGAAGCCGGCUUACAGCUAUAUCCGUAGAGAUGUGUCCUUAGGGCGUCGCGCAUCGAGGUUAUAAGCACUGAAUCAUCACACUCGACUACUCCUCGCGCCUCGUUGUGCCAUGCGGUCCCCCAACCCGACCUCCCAUCCCCGCCUGCGCACCACGCUCCGCGCACUGCGACCGCACGUCGCAGUCCUCGCCGCACUCUCACUCGCCUUACUCUCACUACUCGCCGCUCUAGUCACCGCAGAGGACUACGAGAUUUCCCUCACGGACAUAGCCGCCAUUCACGAAGCCAACCUCCGCCACCGGGCGGUGAGGAGUCGCCUCAGCGGAUUGUCAGGUCACCAUUCGACUCGAGUCUUCGCGUCCAUUCAGCAGGUCGGCGCCGGCACUGGCAGCGGCACCGGCGCCAGCGGUGGGAGCGGAGCGGGGGUUGGCGGGAAUGCGUCGAAGGCGGUGGUGGUGGGGAAGGCGAACGGCAACUUCGCGUACACGUUCAACCCCGGCGUGAACUACGCCGCGUGGAGCGCGCUCCAGUCCGUGUACCCCGGCGACGCUCUCGUGUUCAAGUACCCGUUCGGUUCGGACGAGAUCUACCGCUUCGCCUCGCAGGCCGACUACGACACGUGCAGCUACGCCAGCGCGCGCCGGCUGUGCCGCGACGGCGAGGGCGUGCGCGGAUGCCGCGUGGCGGCGGAGCUGGGCACCAUGUACUUCGCGUCGGGCAUGCUGGGGCGCUGCCAGCGCAUGCACAAGGUGUCGAUCCGCGUGAAGGCGCGGCCGUACGUGCCUCGGCGCGUGGUGGUGGGGCGGGCCACAGCGGCGUUCAAGUGGCCGUGGAACCCCGCCGUCGACUACGCCGCGUGGGCGCGCGACAACAAGGUCUACGUCGGCGACGUGCUCGUGUUCAAGUACGAGGCGUACAUGGACGAGGUGUACAUAGUUCCCACGCUGGCGGACUACACGGCGUGCAACUACGAGAACUACAUCGCGUACUGCAACGCCACGGACGGCAUGGCGCAGGGCUGCAGCAGCGCGCCGCUCACCGCCUCCACCAUGUACUUCCUCUCCGGCUCCUUCUCCCACUGCUCCAGCAACAACCACCGGGUUGCCAUCACCGCCUCUCCACCACCUUCAUAGCCACAAAUCACCAUGCAACUAGCUCCAUGCGUUAUCUGACUCGCACGGAUCAUGUGGAUCCAGACCAUUUGGUCUUCUGACUCCUACACAUGUAACAUACUAGAGCCCAAUUAAUAGAAACCGAGGUGAAAUGUAGACCUGUGAACUUCGAACAAAGCGUAAGGACAAGCUCUCGUGUCGUGUUAUCCGUGAGUGUCAUAAAACAUUGGCCCGUCUGUAGAAGAUGUUGUGGAAUGCGUAUAUCUGG